UAAGGUUUUGUCCUCUGCCCACUAAGCUACUGCCCACCCCCAGAGGAGGCUUUUGCUUGCUGUCAUUGGCAUUUGCAGAGUCCAUGCUUCCUCGUUGCUCCUGGCUGGGUGUCUGCUCUGCCUUCCCAGGAGGGUCUGUCAGGCUAGUCCUCUUCUCCCUAGAGCCUGUGCCUGUUCACGCCGCCGGGGGUGAAGGAGGGGAAGCCUCGCCUCAUCCCCGCAGGGCCCAUCGCCAGGGCACCACCAUCUCCGCCUAUGUGGCCAAGUCCCGCAAGACUCUGCUGGUGGAGGACAUUCUGGGGGAUGAGCGGUUCCCCAGGGGGACGGGGCUGGAGUCAGGCACCCGCAUCCAGUCCGUGCUGUGUCUGCCCAUUGUCACGGCCAUCGGGGACCUGAUCGGCAUCCUGGAGCUGUACCGGCACUGGGGCAAAGAAACUUUCUGCCUCAGCCACCAGGAGGUGGCAACAGCUAAUCUGGCCUGGGCUUCAGUGGCGAUCCAUCAAGUGCAGGUGUGCAGGGGCCUCGCCAAGCAGACGGAGCUGAACGACUUUCUACUCGACGUGUCUAAAACAUAUUUUGAUAACAUAGUCGCAAUAGAUUCUCUACUUGAACACAUAAUGAUAUAUGCAAAAAACCUUGUGAACGCCGACCGCUGUGCCCUCUUCCAGGUGGACCACAAGAACAAGGAGCUGUACUCGGACCUCUUCGACAUCGGGGAGGAGAAGGAAGGCAGACCCGUCUUCAAGAAGACCAAAGAGAUCAGAUUCUCCAUUGACAAGGGGAUCGCCGGGCAGGUGGCAAGGACGGGCGAGGUCCUGAACAUCCCAGAUGCCUACGCCGACCCCCGCUUUAACCGGGAGGUGGACCUGUACACGGGCUACACCACCAGGAACAUCCUCUGCAUGCCCAUUGUCAGCCGAGGCAGCGUGAUCGGGGUGGUGCAGAUGGUCAACAAGAUCAGCGGCAGUGCCUUCUCCAAGACAGACGAGAACAACUUCAAGAUGUUCGCCGUCUUCUGUGCCCUCGCCUUACACUGUGCCAACAUGUACCACAGGAUCCGCCACUCUGAGUGCAUCUACCGAGUGACCAUGGAGAAGCUGUCAUACCACAGCAUCUGCACGGCCGAGGAGUGGCGGGGCCUCAUGCAGUUCAGCCUGCCCAUGCGCCUCUGCAAGGAGAUCGAGCUGUUCCACUUUGACAUCGGUCCUUUCGAGAACAUGUGGCCUGGGUUCUUUGUCUACAUGAUUCACCGGUCCUGUGGGACAGCCUGCUUUGAGCUGGAGAAGCUCUGCCGGUUCAUCAUGUCUGUGAAGAAGAACUACCGGCGAGUUCCUUACCACAACUGGAAGCACGCGGUCACGGUGGCCCACUGCAUGUACGCCAUCUUGCAGAACAACCGUGGGCUCUUCACCGACCUGGAGCGCAAGGGGCUGCUGAUCGCCUGUCUCUGCCAUGACCUGGACCACCGGGGCUUCAGCAACAGCUACCUGCAGAAGUUCGACCACCCGCUGGCCGCCCUGUACUCCACGUCCACCAUGGAGCAGCACCACUUCUCCCAGACCGUGUCCAUCCUGCAGCUGGAAGGACACAACAUCUUCUCCACCCUGAGCUCCAGUGAGUACGAGCAGGUGCUCGAGAUAAUCCGCAAAGCCAUCAUCGCCACGGACCUGGCCCUGUACUUUGGGAACAGGAAGCAGCUGGAGGAGAUGUACCAGACGGGCUCGCUGAACCUCAACAACCAGUCCCACAGAGACCGGGUCAUCGGCCUGAUGAUGACAGCCUGCGACCUGUGCUCUGUGACGAAGCUGUGGCCAGUGACAAAGCUCACAGCUAAUGACAUCUACGCGGAGUUCUGGGCUGAGGGCGACGAGAUGAAGAAGCUGGGGAUACAGCCCAUUCCCAUGAUGGACAGAGACAAGAAGGAUGAAGUUCCCCAAGGCCAGCUGGGCUUCUACAACGCCGUGGCCAUCCCCUGCUACACCACCCUCACCCAGAUCUUCCCGCCCACCGAGCCUCUCCUCAAAGCCUGCAGGAACAACCUCAGCCAGUGGGAGAAGGUGAUCCGGGGAGAAGAGGCCGCCACCUGGCUCUCCUCCACCCCGUCAGCCUCUGAGAAGCUGAAGCUGGAGGACUGACCACCCGCCUGCCCUCCCCCCUCCCGCCGUCCCGCCCUGGGGGCAGCCAGGCCUGGAUGUGCUGUCCUGCUUCUCCCUCUCCAUCCUCUCCUCCUGCGUCUGGGGAACCUACCCCCGGCCGGAGCCCCGGCUCUGCAGAUGGUGACUCUCUCGGCAAGCCCACACUCCAGCAGAUGCUCCCAACAUCCAAGGCAGGGCCCCUGGGGGCCGCCCCCUGCCACCCACUGGCCAGCCUCUGCCCACAGGUGACAUUGCUGACGCCUUAAAUGGAGAGGAGAGGAGAGCGGCUGGGCUGGGGUGGGGAGGGGGGCCUUUGUGCCCUGGAGACUUUGCCCCCACGGUACUAUCUGAACUCCGGCCAGAACAGGAGGGUACUCGGUGGUGGUGGUGAUAAAUAGGUGUUUUGACA